AAUGUUCUUAUCUCAAUGUUAUGUUCCAGACAUUUGCACAGUAAUAAAAUUAUGAAAAUCAAAACAGAGACCUUCCGAAAUCUUUCCACUUUAACAAAUCUAAAUUUGUUUUAUAAUGUCAUCAAUGAAAUAGAAGUUGGAUCUUUUCAAAAUCUCCACAGUUUAAUGACCCUGAAUUUGGGUUUAAACGAAAUCAAAGAAAUCAAAGCCGAACACUUCCAAAAUCUGUCCAGUUUAACAAAUCUGAAAUUGCACCGAAAUGAAAUUAAGAAAAUCCAAGCAGGAACCUUCCGAAAUCUUUCCAGUUUAAUAACUCUAGAUUUGUUUGAUAAUAAUAUCAGUGAAUUAGGAGUUGGAUCUUUUCAAAAUCUUCCCAAUUUAACGACUCUAAAUUUGUUUGAUAAUGAUAUCAGUGAAUUAGAAGUUGGAUCUUUUCAAAAUCUUCCCAGAUUAAAGACUCUGAAAUUGUACGAUAAUAAAAUUAAGAACAUCAAAGCAGGAACUUUCCGAAAUCUUUCCAGUUUAACAAGUCUGGUGUUGUACAAUAAUGCUAUCAAUGAAUUAGAAGUUGGAUCUUUUCAAGAUCUUCCCAGUUUAACGACUCUGAAUUUGUACAAUAACAAAAUUGCGAAAAUCAAAGCAGAAACCUUCGGAAAUCUUUCCAGUUUAACAAAUCUGUAAGUUCAAUCAACCCACGUUUAUAGUAUUUCUUUGACGAUAUCUUUCUAAACCUGUAAUGUCUUUCUAUAGACGCAAUUUUUAGCGUGUCACCUUCAUCUCAUUUUAAAUCUGUUUUUGCUUCUUUACCUGUCUAUAGUUCUAUUUUUUCCUCUUCUCCACCUUGUUCUACUUCUUCUAUUUGUUCUUCCCCUCCUCCUCCACCACCGUCUACUUCUUCAUCGUUUUUGCAUCGUGUUGUACUUCGGAUUCGUCACCUACUGUUCAGCUUCUCCUUCUCCUUCUACUUUUUUCUCA